AUGACUGGUACUACGCCUCCAGAAUCACUAGUCGACAUCCUACCUCCUUUACCCCCCGCGGCUGAUAUACCUUCGAAGUUUCUGGAAAGUGCGAAGCAAUGGUGGGCCGCAGGAGACAAGCAAAGUGCUAUAAGUGAGGAACGCCUGUUGAGACGUUUACCCUUCUUCCGGUCUCAAAAGCCGGCUAGCCCAUUAUCUGAAACCGAACUUUCUAAUGUUGGUCCUGUCAUCGCAUACAGUUCUCGUGUAGAACUCUCCAACCCGAAACAUUAUAUCAACACCUUGUCGAUGAUCUCCACCUCCUUGUUCCAGUCCCAAUCCGUUUCUCCGUCCAAUCCCCCUGCAACAUCUCCACCUCCAGCAGUCAUGCUCCAUGGGUAUGGAGCUGGGCUCGGCUUCUACUUCAACAAUUUCCUCCCGAUGGCACAAUGGGCCGCCAGGCAUAAUUCAUCCGUCUAUGCUCUGGAUUGGUUAGGGAUGGGUCGUUCCUCACGACCUCCAUUCCAUAUCAAAGCAUCCAAGAAAGAUAUUCCUGCUCGAGUAGCAGAGGCGGAGUCGUUUUUCGUUGAUUCGUUAGAAGAUUGGCGUCAACAGAUGCAUCUAGAGAAGAUGACACUGAUAGGACACUCGUUGGGUGCCUACUUUAGCGUAGUCUACGCGUUGAAGUAUCCACAGAGGGUUGAGCGUUUGAUACUUCUGUCGCCUGCUGGUGUGCCCAGGGGUCCAGACCACACUGUCCCUUCCAGUGAAGUGGAUCCGCCCACGACUACUUCAAGUGAGGAUAGGGCUGAGCUCGCAUCGAAUGCCAAGGUUGAGCAGGUUGAGGCAAAUCAACGUACAGCCAAGGCUAAGGAAAGUCGGUCAAGAAGAAUCUUAACACACCUUUGGGAAGAAGGAUUUAGUCCCUUCCAGGUGGUGAGGACAAUGGGUGUUUGGGCUCCAUGGAUGGUCGGCAAGUACUCUUCCCGUCGUUUCUCCACACUCUCUGAAGAAGAAACUCGGGACAUGCACGACUAUAUCCUUAACAUUACUCUCGCCAAAGGUUCUGGAGAGUAUUGUAUCUCUCACAUUCUCGCUCCUGGCGCACAUGCUCGGAUGCCGUUGGUAGAUCGGAUAGCGGCCCUGCACAAGGAUAUUCCGGUGACGUUCGCCUAUGGCGACCAGGACUGGAUGGAUCCAGAAGGUGGUGCAGAGUCUGUUGAACGCCUACGACAGGCAGGGCACGGGCAGGGCAAAAUGUAUAUUGUCAAUAAUGCUGGCCAUCACGUAUACCUAGAUAAUGCUAGAGUCGUCAAUAACCUUAUCAUAAAGGAGUUAGAACGCAAGAUUUAA